GUAUUCAGGAGGUGAAACAUGAAAGGAAAAUUUAAUCUAAGCGUUUGUUUUUUGUUUUCAGCUGCGGUGAUUUUGAAAUAUUCCAAGGGAAAUAAUCGUGAAUAUUCGAAUUCGUCUAAUGUAGAAAAUACACAAGAUGGUUCAGAAAUUUGGGGUUUACACUUUGCUGACGGAAUGGUUUCUGUGGACUGUCUAAGAUGUCUGUGCUUGAAACAGUCAAACUGUGAACCAGUUGGAUGUGAAAUGAGAUUAAGUUUACUGCAAUGCGGCUACUUUCAAAUCACUUACGCUAUCUGGUACGACUGUGGAGGAUUAGGUUCAGAGUGGAAAAAGUGUGCAGAUGACGUUAAAUGUUCUUCGCAGUGUCUACAAAAUUAUAUGAAAAGAUAUGCCCAAAGAAAUAAUUGUUUGCUGACAUGUGAAGGAUACAGUCGGGAACUAUUUGGAGGUCCGACCGGAUGUAACAACCCUUCGACAGAGCCCUACUGGAAUGCUCUUCAGAACGUUCCCGGAUGUAAAGGGGUUGAAUAAAAAUAUCGAACACACAAUGAAAGUAAUAUGAAAUACAUCGUGAAAGUCCAUAAAAUUGUUAAUCUAAGUAUCAAAUAGUGACUAUCCAUAUUAUUUUAUUCAGGUAUUAUAUUUUGAUGCAUAGUCAUUUUGAAUGAGAGAUAAUAAGAAGAAAACACUCUUCUAUAUGC